UUCAGAGCUGCACAUCCGCUGAGGACAUUUCCAGGACCCAACAGGAUAAUGGAUGAAUUUCUGGUGUUCCUGGUUGUAGUGAAAUGUUGGAUUGUCCUCGUGGACGGACAGGAUGACUACGUCACUGCCAGUACGAGUAAUAUGCAAGGCGUCUCUACUUUGUUACAAUCAACAAACCUUACAGUCUCUACAAACAUUCUGAGAAACUACUCAUCAAAUCUAGAAGAAGCUGAGGAGUCAAACGAUCACAUUUCUGGAACAGCUGUAAUCUCAAUGUCGACCGAGUCACCCAAUGAACAAGAACUGACACACCAAGGAAGAACACGUGAAGGGUCUGAGUUCGGAAGUACCACACUGUUUAUUACAGACUAUAAAGAUUCAGAGACAUUUAACGUAUUGUCAGAACCAACCGAAACUGGUAAUAGUGUAUUGGAAACAAGCACAGGUGUUCGAAUAGAAACAGACUCGGUUACUAGCGCAGUGUCUGUUAGAGAAACAAUGACAGGCCUGCCAACUUCAGUGGCACCAUUUUCAACAAUUUCGAAAGUUACAGAGACGAACAAAGCACCAAGUGACCGCCUGGAGACAGAAUCCACUGUAACUUCAGAAUCCGAAGCACAUACAGCAGAACAAUUCUCGGUCACAGAGCCGGACUCUACCGUUCCAAUUUAUCCAGAUUUCCCAGAUUUUAAUGAUGUUUCUUCAACUACAGAAGGCCCAAUGUUUACAUUUACGAUUCCUUCGACUUCAUUCGGAAAGCAUGCUCCUUCAAACUAUCACUGUAUCGGCCCCGGCCGCUUCCCAGCGAGACUAAGUUGUACUGAGUACCAUAUAUGCCGUCUUGUGGGUAUUUGGUUCGUACAUUUCAAACAAAACUGUCACUUCGGGCUUCAGUUCAGCCUUCGAUUUCGAUUCUGUGUUCCUAGCUAUUUAUCUGAUUGCAAAAUAGACCCAUACUUAGCAAAUGUUCGUAGGAAAGCUGGUGCACGUAGUGAACAGGAUGACAUCACAUCAAGCGAGUUUGAAGAUGAGAGUGAAGGAGGUAGAACUAGGGAAGUAUCAAGGAGAAAUUUAUGGUUUCCUCUCUUGAAAGAGGGAAGAGCCUUGUAUUAAAAAGUACGUCAGAAGCACUCGUAGUAAGGUUAGCGUUCCUUCCUGUAUAAGACAAAAAGAAAAAUGGCAACAAACUCAAUACUGUCGGGUGCAAGGAACUAAUUUAUAACUUCCUUUGUUGUUACUUUCGCAUUGCAAAAGGAAAAGUGGCAAUGUGAAAGAACACUCCCUGUAACAUCUUAGAUUUAGUCUGAUUAAAGUGUCAGCAUUUCAGAUAUGGCGACUGCAGUCAUGUAGAAGGAAAUAUGGAACAUGUAAAUUUACUAAACCUGAAUAAACAAUUUUAAUUGUG